AUGCAAGAUGGUGUCGAGCCUUUUCCGCGUGACUUCCACAACCUGUUCGUGAUCGUGGUGUUUACCCUGGUGCUGGCCUGGAUGGCGAAGGUGCUGUAUCAGCUGUUCCGCGCCGCGGAUCUCAACGCGCGCCUGUCUCGCAGCCAGUCGCUGCAGCUGGAGGGCAUGAGCUUCUAUGCGUCCGACUUCCAGAUGCUCAUCCGACAGCACUUCAACCAGAUCCUGCGCAUUAGGCGCACGGUCCCGCCCAAGCCGGUCGCGAGGCACGCGCUGUCGAUCCACCUGCACCCGGACACCAUCGGCGUGCUCUCCGGCAGCGGGCCCCCGGGCGACCGCGCCUCGGGCGCCUUUGGCGUGCAGUUCGCGUGCGACGCGCUCGUGCCCUGCUGCGUGAAGCUAUUCUGGGGUGUCUCGGUGCCCGCGUGCAACCAGUUCGUGCACAGGCUCCAGCACGGGAGCCAGGCCAGCGACGAGGCCCUGGGCUGGUGGGGCGCCGGGCGGGACGGCGGCGCCGGCAGCGUGCGGGAGGCGCUGGUGAGGGCAGGUGCCGAGGGCGGCGGGCGCGCUCGUCGCUGGCCCCGGCCAGGGUCGUCCGCACAGGACACCACGCGCUCGCUGCUGGAGAUGGAGGACAUCAGCGGUCGGGACAGCGCCCCUGGCGCCUCCAGCGGGCAGGACUCGCAGCAAGUGUUCCAGGCGGGGCAGUACUGGGCGCAGUCCCGCGACUUCUACAUGCCCGCGGGGAACUCGCAGAGGUACGUGACCCCCGCGGGCGAUCUCAUCGACCCCGCCCAGCUGACCUUCGACGUCAGCGCGCCCUGGCUCCGGGACGGGCAGGCAGUGGACGACAGCGCCGUCAUGCCGCUGGUGAUCGUCAUCAUCGCCCAGCGGCGUCCAUACCACGAGCUCGGCACAGUGCAGGGGAGGCCUGUCGUCGAGGCGCACGGGCAGGUGUCCUUUGUGAAGUUCCGGCGCGGGGAGGACGGCAGGGCCCCGGCGUCCCCGGAGAUUGUGCGGCAGCUGUGCUUCGGCGAGCGCUCGCCCGCCUACGAGAUACACGGCAUCUAUGGCUUCGAGGACGAGGGCGAGGGCGAGUGCAUGAUCUGCUACGACCGCCCGAAGAACGUCCUGCUGCUGCCCUGCCACCACUGCACCGUCUGCCACCAGUGCCUGAGAUCCCUGCGCGACGAGAAGUGCCCCCUGUGCCGGUCGGCGUUCUCUUCGUACGUCACGCUGCAGUUCAGCAGGGCCGCCCCGCCGGAGGUCGAGGACGCCCCCGCGGCCGAGUCCGUUCCGGCGGAGCCGGCGGCAGCGGCGGCGGAGCCAGCGGCGGACGCGGAGAGGGAUGGAACGCAGGAUGGAGUCGAGGGAAAGGGAGAGGGCAAGAACGCUUAUUCUUCGCCGACGCCUGAGAUGGAGCGCCUGCUGUUCGCCGGCGCCGCGCCUGCGUGGGCGGAGCCGCCGGCGCCCGAGCCAGCGGCGCGGCAGGCCCGCGAGGCGCUGCCCACCCGGCCGCGGGGCGUCGCCCCUGCUGCCCGCACCACCACCGCGCAGGCCUUGCGCCUCAGCGGGCGCGCGCGCUUCAGCGACCGCGCCGGCGACGCGGACACGCCGCUGCUGCAGGAGGGCGGCCCGCCGCUGGUGCCCACCGCGGUGCAGGCCGCCCGCGGGGCCCACGAGGCCGACGGCGAGGCGGAGGCCCCCGCGGAGUGCCGCGCGGCGCCGGCGCCGGCCGCGGAGGCCCCCGUGGAGGAGACCGGCCUCAUGCAGGCGGCCGAGGCGGACUGACGCGCCGAAGCGCGGCGGGCGCGCGGCGGCUAGCGAGGGCGGCCUGGGCCCCGCGGCACCUCUUCGGAGGGGCGCGCAGCGCGCUCGGGCCCGGGCCGCGCCGCGUGCGGGCACGGCUCGCUCCCUGGCCCCCGUGCCGUCCGUGAAUCAUCCCCGCCCCUGCCCCUCCCCUCCCAGUUAGCUGCCCUCGCUGUCAGGCGGCCCAGCGCGGGCAGACGUCGCUCUGCUUGGCCGCGAGGGCCGCGCAGCCAGCGCUGGGCCGGAACGCGGAGCGAGCGUGCUGCGAAAGGUCGUCUGCCCAGCUGGGGCGCUCCAGGAGGGGCCUCACCUGCGAGCAUCGAGCCCAGGCAUUUAUGUCGGGCGUGUCCCCUACAGGGGGAUUUUCG